ACGAUCGAGAGCCUGACUGCCUAUUCGCGUCAAUUGAGGCACACAAUGUCACACAUAUCGCGCCGCUUCCUCUCGACCACACGCCGCCUCGCCGCUCCCUCCGCCCAAGAAGCAUGCUCCGAAAUCUUCGCGCGCUUCGGCAACAAGCCGAUAUCAGUACGUAAACAGCUCUUGGACGCAAACCAGCUACACCUCCUCAACAUCACGCUCGGAAGAUCACCAACGUCCAAUGGCCCACCACCGGACGGCACACCAAUACCCCCCGGCUACCACCUCGUGUACUUUACUCCUCCAAUUGCAGAGUCAGAACUAGGGCCUGACGGCACUGAUCGCACCGUGAAUCCGCUGCGUCCGUAUACGCGGCGCAUGUGGGCAGGCGGCGAGUUGAAAUGGAACCAGGAGCAUUCGGCGCUGCUCCGCGUGGGCCAGAUGGUGCAGGAGACGACGAGAAUGCUGUCAGCGGAGCCGAAGAAACUGAAAGGCGGUGGUGAAAUGCUUGUCGUCGGGGUGGAGAAGACGUUUGAGAAUGAGAAGGGCGUGGCGUUGGUGGAUCGCCGGAGUUGGGUGUUCCAGAGGGAGAUUGUGGAGCCGAGAGCACCGCCGCCGAAGCCGGAGGAGAAGGCUUUGCCUGAAGGCGAGCACAAGCGUGACUUCACGCAAACACCCGUCGCGCUCUUCCGCUUCAGCGCGCUGACGUUCAACGGCCACAAAAUCCACUACCUGCCCGAAUGGUGUCGCAACGUGGAAGGGCACCGAGACGCCGUCGUUCACGGUCCGCUGAAUUUGAUCAGCAUCCUCGACCUCUGGCGCGACACGGCGAAGACGGGCGAUGCAGAAGCCGUGCCAAAGUCGAUUGAGUAUCGUGCGAUGAGCCCACUGUAUGUGGGCGAGCGGUACCGGAUCCUGUUGGAGGCUGAACGGCAGGGGAAUUGGAAAGCAGAGCUUUGGGAUAGCUUUGGCACGGUGGGCAUGAAGGGGACGAUUGUGGAGUAAUACUGCCGUUCUCCGUCCCAUUCUCGCCUGUCUCUGCGCCCUGAUCGCAUAUUCAUGAUAGCCGCGGAAGCACCUGUAUUACCUAGGUAGGACUUCGGGAUUCUUGAAGAAUCGAAUACGGUGCGUUACUGCACGUCAUGCUAGUUUUGCCUCGAACGGGUAUAGCGCGGCCCAUCUCUGCUCGCCUAGCUAACGUCACUCCAGGGCUCAACG